AGGCGCCGAGCCGGCCUUGGAAAAGGAGGAGAAGGAGGAGAAAGGGGCUAAGGGGGGCAGUGGGAGCCACGGUCCAGAGUGCCAGGGACUGAGCCAGGCCAGCCGGACCCCCGGCGGGGCAGCUGGGAGAGGCCUGGCCCGCCUUCAGCAGAGGCACUGCACCUUUUCCAGACCCUUGAGAUUUGUCCACUGCUGCUGCCCGAGGCCCGAGGGAAUGCUGGCUGCUCUCUGGGUGGGCGCCGGUGCUCCUGAGCCACACUGGGAAGAUCGGCGUGCCCAGCCCCAGCCCAUCCCUGGGCCGUCAGACGCUGCAAGCAGAUAUCUGUCCAGAUUUCCACGCAGCCUCCACCCCCUCAGAGAUCGGUUUUCCUGCUUGUGGUGGCAGCUCACGAAACACCUUGAGGGAGUACCCAUCAGUGCCUAACAAGAAGCCCACUGCCUGGGACACCAGACACACUCCCCCAGGACACCUGGCCCUCCAAAGGGCCAAAGCAUGGUACCCUGAGACCUUGGCUUAGACCUAAAGUUUUCCUGCCUCUGCCCCGGACUCCUGAUCCCAGAUCCCAGCCCAGGGACCAGAAUGGGUCGUGAACAGGACCUGAUCCUCGCUGUCAAGAAUGGAGAUGUGACUGGUGUGCAGAAACUGGUGGCUAAAGUCAAGGCUGCAAAAACAAAGCUCCUCGGCUCCACGAAGAGACUCAACGUCAACUACCAGGAUGCUGAUGGAUUCUCUGCCCUCCAUCAUGCCGCCUUGGGGGGCAGCCUGGAGCUCAUAGCCUUGCUACUGGAGGCUCAGGCCACCGUUGACAUCAAAGACAGCAAUGGCAUGCGCCCACUGCACUACGCAGCCUGGCAAGGCCGGCUGGAGCCCGUGAGGCUGCUGCUGCGGGCCUCCGCGGCCGUGAACGCCGCCUCGCUGGAUGGGCAGAUCCCGCUGCAUCUGGCUGCCCAGUACGGACACUAUGAAGUGUCAGAAAUGCUCCUCCAGCAUCAGUCCAACCCUUGCCUGGUCAACAAGGCAAAGAAGACGCCCCUGGAUCUGGCUUGCGAGUUUGGGCGACUUAAGGUGGCCCAGCUACUACUGAACAGUCACUUGUGUGUGGCGCUGCUGGAGGGUGAGGCCAAGGACCCGUGUGACCCCAACUACACCACGCCCCUGCACUUGGCUGCCAAGAACGGCCACAGAGAGGUCAUCAGGCAGCUCCUGAGAGCUGGGAUCGAGAUCAACCGCCAGACCAAGACAGGCACCGCACUCCACGAGGCUGCGCUGUAUGGCAAGACCGAGGUAGUCCGGCUGCUCCUGGAGGGCGGGGUGGAUGUGAACAUUCGGAACACGUAUAACCAGACGGCACUGGACAUUGUGAAUCAGUUCACCACCUCCCAGGCCAGCCGAGAAAUCAAGCAGCUGCUGCGUGAGGCCUCGGGGAUCCUGAAGGUCCGAGCACUCAAGGACUUCUGGAACCUCCACGAUCCCACUGCUCUCAAUGUCCGGGCAGGGGAUGUCAUCACGGUGCUUGAGCAACAUCCCGACGGCCGCUGGAAGGGCCACAUCCAUGAGAGCCAGAGGGGCACGGACCGUGUGGGCUACUUCCCCCCAGGCAUCGUGGAGGUGGUCAGCAAGCGAGUGGGCAUCCUCGCGCCCCGCCUCCCAUCGGUGCCCACCCCCCUCCGCCCAGGCUUCUCUCGGACACAGCAGCCCCCUGCCGAUGAGCCCCUGCACUCUCUGACCUAUGGCCAGCUCCCUCGGGUGGGCCUCAGCCCAGAUAGCCCAGCAGGUGACAGGAAUAGCGUGGGCAGCGAGGGCAGCGUGGGCAGCAUCCGCAGUGCCGGCAGCGGGCAGAGUUCCGAGGGAACCAACGGCCAUGGCACCGGCCUUCUUAUUGAGAAUGCUCAGCCACUGCCUUCCCCCGGAGAGGACCAGGUGUUGCCAGGACUGCACCCCCCAUCCCUGGCAGACAACCUGAGCCACCGCCCUCUGGUCAACUACCACUCUGGGGAACAGCUUUUCACCCAGGACGUGAGGCCGGAGCAGCUGCUGGAGGGGAAGGAUGCGCAGGCCAUUCAUAACUGGCUGAGUGAGUUCCAGCUGGAAGGCUACACCGCCCACUUCCUGCAGGCUGGCUACGACGUGCCAACCAUCAGCCGUAUGACGCCUGAGGACCUGACGGCCAUCGGGGUCACCAAGCCUGGGCACAGGAAGAAGAUCGCCUCGGAGAUUGCUCAGCUCAGCAUCGCCGAGUGGCUGCCCAACUACAUCCCGGCGGACCUGCUGGAGUGGCUGUGCGCGCUGGGGCUGCCGCAGUACCACAAGCAGCUGGUGAGCAGUGGCUACGACUCCAUGGGGCUGGUGGCCGACCUCACCUGGGAGGAGCUGCAAGAGAUCGGGGUCAACAAGCUCGGUCAUCAGAAGAAGCUUAUGCUGGGAGUGAAACGGCUGGCCGAGCUUCGGCGGGGCCUACUGCAGGGGGAGGCCCCAGCUGAAGGUGGCCGCCGUCUAGCCCGAGGCCCGGAGCUGAUGGCCAUUGAGGGGCUGGAGAAUGGGGACGGUCCGGCUGCAGCUGGCCCACGCCUCCUCACCUUUCAGGGCAGUGAGCUGAGCCCAGAGCUACAGGCAGCCAUGGCUGGGGGUGGCCCCGAGCCCCUCCCCCUGCCCCCUGCCCGCUCUCCCAGCCAGGAGAGCAUUGGAGCACGCUCACGAGGGUCCGGUCACUCCCAGGAACAGCCGGCCCCCCAGCCCAGUGGUGGAGACCCGAGCACCCCACAGGAGAGGAACCUUCCAGAGGGCACAGAGCGGCCCCCUAAGCUUUGUUCCCCACUUCCUGGUCAAGGCCCCCCGCCUUAUGUUUUUAUGUAUCCCCAGGGCUCACCCUCCAGCCCAGCCCCGGGGCCACCUCCUGGUGCACCUCGUGCCUUCUCCUACUUGGCUGGUCCCCCCGCCACUCCUCCAGACCCACCUCGGCCCAAGCGCCGGUCCCAUAGCCUAAGCCGCCCCGGCCCCACCGAGGGGGAAGCAGAGGGAGAGGCUGAAGGGCCAGUGGGCAGUGCCUUGGGGAGCUACGCCACCCUCACUCGGCGACCGGGACGCAGUGCCCUAGCUCGGACCAGCCCUAGCCCGACUCCAGCUCGAGGGGCCCCCCGCAGCCAGUCCUUUGCCCUUCGUGCCCGACGCAAAGGCCCUCCGCCCCCACCCCCUAAACGCCUCAGCUCUGUCUCUGGCCCCACCACGGAGCCGCCUCCACUAGACGGAAGCCCGGGGCCCAAGGAGGGGGCCUCUGUGCCCCGAAGGCGAACACUAAGUGAACCAACUGGCCCAUCAGAGCCCCCCGGCCCACUUGCCCCAGCUGGCCCCGUGUCGGACACAGAGGAGGAGGAGCCAGGACCUGAGGGGACGCCCCCAUCUCGGGGCAGCUCAGGAGAAGGGCUCCCGUUUGCCGAGGAGGGGAACCUGACUAUCAAACAGCGGCCGAAGCCAGCUGGCCCCCCACCCCGGGAGACGCCUGUGCCCGCUGGCCUCGAUUUCAACCUCACAGAAUCAGACACUGUUAAGCGGAGGCCCAAAUGCCGGGAGAGAGAGCCGCUGCAGACGGCACUUCUGGCCUUUGGAGUGGCCAGUGCCACGCCCAGCCCCGCUGUCCUCCUUCCCUCCCAGACCCCCGGCGAGGCCCCCUCCUCAGCUUCUCCCAGCCCUCCCCGGCCUGACCCUAGCAGCCUUCCAACUCAGGGAGCUCCAGCCCCUCUUUCUUCCGGCUCCCCAGCCCAGCCCCCUGCUCCCCUCUGCUCUGGGCCUGCUCUGGAGAACUCGGCGGGCAGUUGGCGGCAUGGGGAGACUGAGCCCCCAGCUUCAUCAACCCCCGCUGCCCUCAUCAAGGUGCCAGGUGCAGGAACAGCCCCCAAGCCUGUGUCUGUGGCCUGCACCCAGCUGGCAUUUUCUGGUCCUAAGCUGGCUCCUCGGCUCGGCCCCCGCCCCGUGCCCCCUCCAAGGCCAGAGAGCACUGGAGCUGUGGGCUCUGGCCGGGCCCAGCAGAGACUGGAACAGACCAGCUCAUCCCUGGCAGCUGCAUUAAGGGCCGCAGAGAAGAGCAUUGGCACAGAGGAACGAGAAGGCCCUCCCGGCACCUCCACCAAGCACAUUCUGGAUGACAUCAGCACCAUGUUUGAUGCCCUGGCUGACCAGCUGGAUGCCAUGCUUGAUUGAGACUUUCUGGCAGCCGUCAGCGGUGCAGCGCAGUGCAGCGUCCGUUGCCUUUGCCCCCAGGAGGGUCCCCCCUGCUGCUCCAAGCCAGCGACCGUCAGCACUGCAGCUCUAGGGGGCGGUCUUCAUGGCAGGCUGAGGGGACCUGUCAGAACCUCACAUGUCAGCAGGGCUCCCUCCCGCUGUGUAAUCUGACCAGACAGCCCUGCCCCCGUGGACAGGGACCCUGGUAAGAGCUUCCUCUGCCCUCCUACCACCUCCAAUGUCUCAAGUGUCUGUGCCGAGGACCUACUGACGCCUACUGUGCCGUGCUGUCCUGGCACUCUAAAAGGCUGGAGAAAGCUGUGUGUCUGACCCAGUUCCCACAGGUAUACACAGGACAUGGAAAUAGGCAGCCAGGGGCUUGCUGUCAGCGGCGGUGGCGGUGCCCAGACCAGCCCCUGCUCCCGCUGCUGCCUGCCCUCAGUGAGACAAAGCUGGCGGGCACGGGGGCAGUGGGAUUAACAGAUGCCCAAAGUCCAAACUUUUUCAACUGUAAAUGUUAUUUUUUAAGCAGAGAGAAAUGCAUAUAUUUUAAAUGGAAUUUAUUCUAUCUAUAACCACCUGAGAGGACACAAGGGAAGGGGCUUCGAACCACAGCAAGAGUGCCCACUGCCCACCUCGGGGCCGGAAGCCUGAUCUGGUUGGCCCAGGCCCCGGCUCUGUAACCAUUAACCUCUUCUCCCAACUAACACCAAUGAAAGUGUCAUUCCACGUGA